AAUUAAAGGAAUUGGUUUAUGAUAGAGAAUAGAGAUACACUUUUUGAUCACUUGCUUUACUGAAAACCCUAACCUUAUACUUCAUUUUGCACGCACUCGCACGGUCGGCCACCUCCUGCUCCCGCCACCACAUCGCCGCCGUGAUCGUUCCUUCGCCGUUUAUUUUUUCCAAUUUUUUUCACUAAUUAUUUGAAGGAGUUUGGUUAUUCUCUUGUUGAAUUCGUUCUUAGUUUGUAAAUUAUUGCUGUGCAUAUUAUUUAAUUGAUUGUUUUUGGCCCCUUUUAUCACAUUGUUCCUCUGCCCUAAUUUGGGAUAUGGCCACGGUGGCCGAUUCCUCCACACCUUCCGGCGGCGGCGGCGCUGAUGGUGCCGCCAACAGCCCUCAAUCUCGGCGCCGUAACUUGCAAUCCCCUUGGGCACAGGUUGUGCGUGGUGUGGAGCCUGAAUCGAGCUCUGCAACUGUUUCGGUGGCGGCCCCCCGUUCUCCCUCAUCUUCGCCGCCCUUAGCCGCUGCUGUUGCUCCUUUAGCCCCGGAGCAAUCUCCCCAAUUGGAGACUGAAAACUCUUCUGCUCCGGAAUCUCAGCCUGAGAACUCCGAUGAUGGCAAUGGCAACGGCAACGGCGGCAAUGCGGUUGCGGCUCGGUCUAAGAGGCCUGCUUGGAGUAAACCGCUGAAUGGUUUGGUUGUCGAGGGAACUUCGGUGAUGGGAGAUGUUUCUUGGCCUGCUCUAGCCGAGGCGUCUCAGCUCACAGGGAAAUCAUCCUCUGAUUCCUUAAAAGCCCAGGAUGGAUCAACCUCGAGUUCUCAGGGACCUAUAAUUUCACAGAUGCCUCCGAAACAACAAGCUAAUACUAAUGCAAACUCUAAUUCUGCUGCCAACCACGGGAACACUACUCGCCCAAGACCAGCGAGGCACCACCGUGCCGGACCUGCAGCCCAGGGGGUAAACUUAAGUAGGCCGUCACCACCAACUCCACCUCCAAUGCCACCUCCUUUUCCGGCUAUUAUUGAGAUGCCUCACUAUAGAAAUUUUGGGAAUUUCGUGCCGCCCCCUGUAUUAGAUCCUCCGGUGAGAGGAGUUACUAGGCCAAUGAGUGGAGUCGGUUCGAAUGAUCAUUCUGCCCAUCCACAGAGAAAUACUUCCAGGAGGAAUAACUUUGGGCGUCCACGUGGAGAAUAUCAUAAUCAUCAUGGAGGAAGGCGGGAUCAUGAUAGAAGGGAUGUUCAUUUACCUAAUCAAUAUGCUCCUCCACCGCCGCCUCCUCCUCCAGGAGGAUAUAUGCCUGCACCUACACCACCAUCCCCUGGCUCUGCUCCCUUUAUUCCAGCUCCGCCUAUGCGUCCUUAUGUAGGCCCAAUGACUUAUGAUAUGCCCCCACCGCCGCAUCCAUAUAUAUACGUGCCAACUCUUCCGUACAUCACUCCGCCACCUUCUCAGCAAGUAUUUUUCCCUGUUAUGGAUCCGUCUUUGCCAACUUUGAUACUUAGGCAAAUAGAUUACUACUUCAGUGAUGCUAAUUUGGUAAAAGAUGACUAUUUAAGAUCAAAUAUGGAUGAAGAGGGCUGGGUUCCGGUCAGUCUGAUAGCUAGCUUUCCAAGGGUACAACAACUGACGGUUGAUAUUCCCUUGAUUUUGGAGUCAUUGAAAGCUUCGCCGGUGGUUGAGAUAAAGGAUCAGGGUGACAAAAUAAGGAGGCGUAAUGAUUGGAGGAAGUGGAUUCAUACAAGCGGUGGUCAAAUUUCAGCUGAUUCAGGGUCGUCUCAGACUCCAGGCACGUCAUCUGAUGAUGUUCUUACGAGUUCCAUCAGCAAGAUAUCACUAAAUGAGGAAACUAGCUGUAAAGGACCAGUUUUGGAGACUCCUAAAUCAGAAACUGAAACUGCGAGAAACAUACCUACACCUGACGAUUCAGUUUGCUCAUCUUCAGUUGUGGCAAAUGGAGAUGUUACUACUGCUGAUGAGGAGUUGCAUGCUAACUAAACAGGGAGGAACCUUCUUCAAAUGGUGAAAAUUUUUUGUCAGCCAUAAGGUUGCUGUCCUUCGUGUAAAUGGCCAAACUUGAAUUGGUGGGAGUAGAUGCUCCAAAGGUCUGGAAAGUUUAUUAUUUUUGUUCUUGAUUGAGCCAAAUUUUGCAGUUUUGGCACCCUAGAGGAGAGAUGAAUAAAAUAUAUGUAUCUCAUCUGAAAUUGAAAGGGGGAGAGAAAAUGGUUUUGCUCGGGUAUGGAGUUAUGGGGUUAGAACUUUUGUAUACUAGGACGAACGUGGUAGAAUUGGCUGGUUUUCUUUUACUGCUAGUGUCUCCUACACAGGAUGCAUUUGGAGGCGGUGAAUCUUUGUUAUCGAUGAUUGGUUUUGUGACCGGAAGGGGAUAUUUUGUUAUGACAUAAAAUAGUCAGCUAUAGUGGCUGGCAUGGAAAAAAAAAAAAAAAAAAAAAGAAGGCUUGGUUACUGGUUGGUUUAGGCUACCUUGUUUUUUUUGUGACAAAACUGGAGGUUUCUAUAGAGUUACUAUUAGUCCUAAUACUUGCGUGUUCUUUUUUUGGGCCUUAUGUUUUCUGGUUUUAGCUUUUAGAGUGUUGGUUUCCAUGUUUUAAUUUUGUUAUAGCUAUCGAUGCCCACAAAGUGUUUUUGGUAGUGUUCUGAACGUGGCAACUAUGGCAAUCGUUUUAUUUUCUCUUCCCAAAAAUCCUACCCACAAAAUUCACAGUAGUAACCCCGUAGGACAAGGUUUGCUAGGACAAAAUCAGUGUGAUCAGUACAGUCUAGUGGCUCAUGUGCUUGCUUAUUUGUGAUUCUUGAGUGCAAAUAAUAAUCUUCUUCCACUUUGUGUUCUAUGAUGUGUGUCAUUAUCUCUGUAUAUAAGAUAAGUAAUGCUUGUAGUGAAUUUAUACAUUAUCUUCUGGCCAGUAAUGCAAAGCAAAAGGCAUUUUUUUUUUUUCAUAAAUAAGAAGAGAGUAUUACUUUUAUAUUUCAACAAACAGUUGAGAGUCACAAUUCAAAAAUGUUGGAUUUACCUUCUUUUACCAAUUGUGAUGUUGGACUUUAACAGCCGAAUGGUCAAUUUGAUGUUUUGUAC